CGAACAGGACAAAUUUGCCACCUGUUUGCUCUCAUACACUGCAUCAUAUAUUGCCGUCCCCGUCGCCUCCACUCCCCGACUCGCGCAAACUCCCCUCCCGCCGCCCCGCGACGCCGUCGUCUCUUCUCCGGCCCCCUCGUCGUCGGCGUCGCCAUCCACCCGCGCGCCAGUGGCUCGGUGCUGGCGAGCCGGGCGCCGUGUCCAAGUCGCGCAGUUCCUCCUCCGGCCGCGCCAACUGUGCUAUUGGUAUUAUUACUUACGUCUGCUCCGCGCCAUCCAUCCUCCUCGCUCACGGGAACCGGGAGAAGCUGGAUCGCGCACCGGGCCCGUUCCUAGCUCCCCUCUGGCAGCGCGCUGCGAUUCCGUCGUCGUCUCCAUUCCGCGGCGAUCCGGAGGAAUUGUGAAUAGCAGGUUCUUCACUGUGGCACCUUAACUGGGCUUUCCUAUGGGUUCUGCAGGAAGUGAAAUCAAUGACACAUUACUUGGUAAUGGAGUUGUUGGCAUUCUUGCCGAGACUGUUAAUAUGUGGGAGAGAAGAUCACCGCUAACCCCAUCCCAUUGUGCUCGUCUUCUGCUUGGAGGAGGCAAGGGCAGAACUGGAGUAAAUCGGAUUAUCGUGCAACCAAGUACAAAGAGGAUCCAUCAUGAUUCUCAGUAUGAGGAUGUUGGGUGUGAAAUUUCAGAAGACCUGUCAGAGUGUGGUCUUAUUAUAGGAAUCAAACAACCAAAGCUGGAGAUGGUUCUUCCAGAUAGAGCAUAUGGAUUCUUUUCACACACCCAUAAGGCCCAGAAAGAAAAUAUGCCACUAUUAGAUAAGAUCCUUGAAAAAAGAGUAUCCUUGUUUGAUUAUGAGCUAAUUGUUGGAGAUGAUGGGAAAAGGUUGCUAGCAUUUGGGAAAUUUGCUGGGAGAGCUGGACUGAUAGAUUUCUUACAUGGUCUCGGACAGCGGUACUUGAGCCUUGGAUACUCGACCCCAUUUCUCUCUCUAGGGCAAUCUCAUAUGUAUCCUUCACUCGCUGCAGCCAAGGCUGCAGUCAUUGCUAUUGGUGAAGAGAUAGCAACAUUUGGACUCCCAUCUGGAAUUUGCCCUAUAGUAUUUGUAUUCACUGGAACUGGAAAUGUUUCUCAGGGUGCACAAGAGAUAUUCAAGCUAUUACCCCAUAGCUUUGUUGAUCCUGAGAAGCUUUCAGAGCUUUCCAAGGCUAGAAGUCUGUCUCAACAUCCACAAUCAAGCAAGAGAGCAUUCAAACUGUAUGGUUGUGUUGUCUCUUCUAGAGACAUGGUCACUCCCAAGGAUCCCACCAGAUGUUUCAACAAAGCUGACUAUUAUGCUCAUCCAGAACACUACAAGCCUGUUUUUCAUGAAAAGAUUGCUCCAUAUGCAUCUGCCAUUGUGAACUGCAUGUACUGGGAGAGGAGGUUUCCACGAUUGCUGAGCAUCGACCAGUUACAACAACUGAUGAAGAAUGGUUGCCCUUUGGUUGGUAUUUCUGAUAUAACUUGCGAUAUCGGAGGUUCCAUAGAAUUUGUGAACAAGAGUACUUCAAUUGAGAGACCUUUCUUCCGGUAUGAUCCUUCUACUAAUUCAUGCCAUGAUGACAUGGAAGGCAAUGGUGUGAUCUGCUUAGCCGUUGACAUUCUCCCUACAGAAUUUUCCAAAGAGGCCUCCCAACAUUUUGGAGACAUAUUAUCAAAAUUUGUUGUUAGAUUGGCCUCAGCUAAGGAGCUGUUGGAGCUUCCUUCACACUUGAGAAAAGCUUGCAUUGCACAUGCUGGCAGACUCACUUCUCUGUAUGAAUAUAUUCCUCGGAUGAGAAAGACUGUGAUAGAGUUGCCACCAGCUCCAACAAAUAUACUACCUGAUAAGAAGUACAACACCCUGGUCUCUCUCAGUGGCCACCUCUUUGAUAAGUUCCUUAUAAAUGAAGCUUUGGAUAUUAUUGAAACAGCCGGAGGUUCUUUUCACUUGGUUAGAUGUGAUGUUGGGCAAAGCAUUGAUGAUAUGUCAUACUCAGAGCUUGAAGUAGGAGCAGAUGAUACGGCUACAUUGGAUAAGAUUAUCGAUUCUUUGACUUCUGUGGCUAAUGCACAUCAUGCAGAUACUAAUGCCAGAGUAGAAACUGAACUAUCUGUAAAGAUAGGAAAAGUCAAUGAAUGUGGAAUUGAUGACAGCAUGGCUAAAGAAGGGUCAAAGGUUUUAAUUCUUGGAGCUGGAAGGGUUUGUCGACCAGCUGCUGAGUUUCUAACAUCUUAUUCAAACAUCUUUGGCAGUGGUGCCAACGAUCAUGACAUAAACCAAAUUCAUGUUAUUCUGGCGUCCCUCUAUCAAAAAGAUGCAGAAGAGACAAUUGAUGGCAUAAAAAAUGCAACUGCCGUUCAACUCGAUGUCGCAGAUAUUAAAAAUCUUUCCAAUCUUGUUUCACAGGUUGAAGUAGUAGUCAGCUUGCUACCUGCAAGUUUUCAUGCUACCAUUGCAAGGGUAUGCAUAGAGCUGAAGAAGCACCUGGUCACUGCGAGUUAUGUUGAUGAAUCAAUGUCAAAGCUGGACCAAGCUGCAGAAGGUGCUGGUGUAACUAUUCUCUGCGAAAUGGGCCUGGAUCCUGGCAUAGAUCAUAUGAUGUCAAUGAAAAUGAUUGAUGAAGCACAUGCUCGAAAGGGGAAAAUAAAGUCAUUUACAUCUUUCUGUGGUGGGCUUCCAUCUCCAGCCUCCGCAAACAAUCCACUUGCCUAUAAGUUCAGUUGGAGUCCAGCCGGUGCCAUCCGUGCAGGGAGGAAUCCUGCCGUCUACAAAUUUCUUGGAGAGAUUAUCCAUGUAGAUGGUGAUAAAUUAUACGAGUCAGCAAAGAGGCUCAGACUACCGGAACUUCCAGCUUUUGCACUGGAACACUUGCCAAACCGAAAUUCCUUGAUGUAUGGAGACCAGUAUGGGAUCUCCAAAGAAGCAUCUACAGUAUACAGGGCUACUCUUCGUUAUGAAGGAUUUAGUGAGAUAAUGGCAACCUUUGCGAGAAUUGGGUUUUUUGAUGCUGCAAGUCAUCCUCUGUUGCAACAAACUACUUGUCCUACAUACAGGGAUUUUCUUAUUGAACUCUUCAAUGCUUGUGAUAUCUCCACAACGGCCACCAAGGAAUAUAGUGAGGUCUCUGGAGGGCAAGAUGGUGAACUGAUUUCCAAACUACUGAAAUUUGGGCAUUGCAAAGAUAAGGAAAUAGCUGCUAAGACAGUCAAAACUAUCAAGUUCUUGGGGCUAUAUGAGGAGACACAGAUUCCGGAGAAUUGCUCAAGUGCAUUUGAUGUGAUUUGCCAGCGAAUGGAACAGAGAAUGGCUUACGGACACAAUGAGCAGGACAUGGUACUGCUGCACCAUGAGGUGGAGGUGGAAUACCCCGAUGGCCGACCAACCGAAAAGCACCAAGCAACCUUACUGGAGUUCGGAAAGGUUGAAAAUGGCAGGCCCACCACAGCCAUGGCUCUCACUGUCGGAAUACCAGCAGCUAUAGGAGCUCUGCUCUUGCUCCAGAACAAGAUCCAACGGAAAGGAGUGAUCAGGCCUCUGGAACCUGAAAUCUACAUUCCAGCGUUGGAGAUCUUGGAGUCGUCGGGCAUCAAGCUGGCGGAGAGGGUGGAGAUAUGAGAAUUUGGAGCCAAUGUUGCGGGAUAGCUUCCGUGUAUAUAAUUUAGCGAAUAAAUAAAUAAUAAUCGGUCGUUGUUGUAAGCAGUGUGUCAUCUAUGUAAAUCCGUAUCGACUAAGCACUGAAUCAGCCCAAAUAACGAAGUGAAGAACCAGAUCAGCUCUUCCUGCC